UUACCUAGACCGGUCGUGAGGAAGGACUGUGUGAUCAAACCAGAUGGAGAUCUACCAACAGAGAUAAAUACUGGAAGUGAACGUGUGAGGCAGAGAAUUCUUGAUAUCGCCAUACGAAUCGAAAACAAAAUAUUUCAAAAUUCUGAUCAAAUGAUAAAUGAUGAGGAUUAUAAAAGAAAUUGUUAUUCCAAGUUAUGGAAUUUAAAGGAUAAAAGUAACCCUAAUUUCGUCAAGAAAGUUGCUUCUGGUAUGAUUUCACCAGAAGAUGUUGCAAACAUGACUAGCGAA